CAUUGCUACUUGCAAGCUGAGUGGGACCUCAGUGAGCAAUUUUCAAAUCUGACUACAUUUUCCAUUGGAGUAUCGACAUUAUCAAGAUGGCUACUUCCAAGAGGUAUUGACAUGUCUGGGUGCCCAGUUGGAAUGAGGAGGAGACUUCCUAGAUGCUGAACAUGCUCGACACAGUGGAGCAUUGGAUGAGAGCCAGGGCACGGAACUUCACGAUGGUCAGCAUUUGGAAUGUGAGUACGAGAGAACAUGGACGACAUAUGGGGAUCUACUGGACUGGAGUGCAGGUUCACCAUGGCUAUGAUGACUUGCAUUGAAGAGAUACAGAAGAGCUUCGUUGGAGGGUCACAGAGGUUUGGAGACAGCCGAUGGAUAGCUACAGUAACACAUUCUGAACAUCUGCGAGAAGGGAUCUUCAGUGACGAUGAGGCAUUGGAAGCUCUUUUGGACAGCAUAGUCUGGGAAGAAAAACAUGUGGAGGUGGAGAGUACCAGCAGCUGUUUGACUGAGGAGGAGAUCAAAGAUGAAUCUGUGUCCAGCGAUACAGAGAACAGUGAAUGGUUUCAUACAAGAACGCUGUCAGAGAGUCCUCAGACAUGGCUAGCACCUUUCUCACCACCAGCCUUACCUUACUGUGGCCAGUCAGAAGAAGAUGUAUACUUGGAUUCUAGUGACAUAGAUUUGGAGGACAGGGACUGGGGACCCAGUUAUACACAUGCGGCGUGCAGCUCUGACACAGAAUAUUUGACAUCAGAGCGGCUUCUUCAGGUGGGAUAUUCAAGUGCUGUGGGCGCCUUCUGUACACGGACUGUGUCUCAUCCCUCAUUCUAUCCUUAUUAUACUGCACUUUCUGCACCAAGAUCACCCAGUAGCACUGAGCAAGAAGUCACAAGGAGAACCCAAGCAGUUCCAGUAAUCAGUCACCAUGACUUCUACUAUGUUGACCCAUUGCUGCCAGCUGGACACAGAGUCUGUAAUCAUUUAUCUCAAAACUACUAUAAGGUGUUUGGAGGUUUCCAUCUCAAUACACCACAACCAAUUAUGUCUGUCUGUGAGUCGGACUCGCUGUUUAGCAUUCAGGAUGCUUGUCUACCUUCUAGCAAAGAUUGCAAUUCAUUGCAUCUGCAGAAGAGAUCUUAUCCUGAAGUCAAUGAUACUGCAAAAGGAAGUGUGUGGUGGGCGAACCUUUCCCUGUCAGAGUGUGAGGCUGUGAUUGCCUUGUUCCAUCUUCAGGAGCAGGACCAAGCCUGCACUAAGCUUGUACCAGAAAUCACAGUUGCUGUUAGUGGCAUAGAAAAUCAGAGUUCAUGGCAUAAUAAUGUGAGCUUUAAAUCUGCAGAUGCCCUCAUUACUGAUGCUCUAGUCUGGGACCAGGCAGUAUACAGGCAAGGUACAAAUCAGGCUGUAAUGAACGAGGGUGAGCAAUUGGUCACUGAUAUGCUGCUUGGUGAACCUAAUGAAAUAACUGCCACUGAUAUUAGCAUGUGCCCUACAGAGUCUAAUAGCAGGUCAGCAAACAAUGCAGAAAUACACAGCUGGCACUGCAUGGAAGAACUUGAAGCUAUGUGUGGUUUGCUGAAGCUUUGUGCUCAGAAUAUGCAUUGCCAAGAGGCAUGGAAACAAGAUUUAACAUCAAAAUCUGGGAACCUGUCAACAGAGGUACCUUUGCUCACAGACACUGAAAGCAUGUCAUCCAUUUGCAAACAAGCUCAGGAGGAUGGAGAGGAGCUGCGGUCAUCAGAGUUGAGCCCUAGUACGAGUGGCACUUCUGCAUUGCAGCAGCCUGGAGACUGUGACAAGAGGCCUAGUCCAUCAGUUCUAGCCUCAUUAGAGAAUACUGACUUUGCACAGGAACCUUUCAUAAAACGUGUUGAGUUGAGCCAUUUCUGUUCUUUUAAUGAGGUUAUUGCCAUCGCAGCUUUACUUGAGCUGCAUUUUUUGAACAAUGGCGCUGAGGGCAGCAUGUUCCAGAACAUGCAGUGUAGAGGACUUAAAGUCAUGAGGAAGCAGUGAGGGUAUCCAUACCACUAUAAAGGGAAAUGUGUGUCUGUUCCAUCUGAAGACAGAUGUGAACAGCUUUGACACCCAAGUAAUUUAUCACAGCUUUGUUAGUGACUCAUCACAGAAGCAAUCCACAUAAGCUCAGACAUUAUAAUGUUAACAGCUGCAGAAGAGCUAAUAAAAUUUAAAUAUUUUGAAAUUCUUAGUAAGGAAAGCAGCUGUCCCCCUUUAUUGUUGGUGACAGCCCUGUGGAUCAUUGACAGUCAUCUGAAAAUUAAAUAGGCAGGAGUGUUGCUUCAGAAUCUCACAUGGAAAACAAUGUCUUGAGCUUCAGAUUAAAGUAACAGAUCAGUGAGCAGUUCUUGGAAAUCUUUGUGUUUAUAAGCACUGGAAAUGCCUUGUGAGCUGAAAUGUGGAUUAUAGCAUAUAAAUAGGGGUAAUAACAGCAUACCAGGUGUGGGAGAGCACUUCAAGUUAGAGAUGCUCAGCAUGGAGGUUUGUAACUGCUGAAAAGACAUCGUGUUUUGGCAGAGCUGAGUGUUAUCUGCAUUAUUUAUAAAUCAGUUUUAAAGUGCUUUACUGUCUUUUGAUUGUUGUGCCUUUUUCAGACAGCAGAAUGCAAAUCACCUUAUUUUCAGGGUUGUACUUUGUGAUGUUAACCCAUGUUCCCUUGCCACAGUGUGAUGUUAACCCAUGUU